UAAAAGUUCUCAAGGUCUGCCAAAAACAACUCCAGCCAAUUACUGCCAAAAGGUGAAGUGCACAUUCCUGAUGUUCCUAAAUUGAAACUGGUUUCAGUACCUUCUCAGUGAGCAAACAUGUAAGAUAGCUAGCUGGAAACUGCUACCAUCGUGGAAUUCCAAGAGUCAUGUAACACUCCAGCGCUCACAGAUAGUGGCAUAUCUCCAGACUUGCAAGAGCAGGCUAGGCAGAGCUGUAGCAAGCUGCAAGCCUCUACCCAGCAUCCAUCGGAAAUCUCAGGAAAAGGUGAAGAUCCAUCAUUCCCAAGGUGAAACAGCAUUAGCAGCGGAGAGAACCGGAGACUAGGAAGGGGAGAAGUAAAGGGAGAAGACGCAGCCAUGAUGGGCACACCUCUCCGGAGGAAAGCCCCGGCAUAUGAGAUGGCUGAAGCUGAACUUCAUAAGGAAAGGCUACAAGCCCUUGCGGAAAAACGAAAAAGACAAGCUGAAAUAGAAGACAAAAGACGACAACUUGAUGAACUUGUUCUGCAACUUCAACAUUUCAAGUCUAAAGCCAUGAGGGAGAGAUGGCUUCUUCAAGGGACAGCAGGGAAUCAAGAGGAAGAUGACAGCUCCAGGAAGCGGGUCGAGGAAGAUGAGCUUCACAUCAAAAAACUUGAAGUCAUCAUUCACGGAUUGGAAUCAGAAAUCUGUCUUCUGGAAAAUGAAGAGUCCCAGAUUUCAGCUAAAGAGCAGGUUAUACGAGAGAAACUGAGGGAAACAGAGAAAUCAAUUGAAGAUCUGCAGAAGAGUCUUCAGAGUCAAGAUGGAGAUGCGGUGAAUUACAACUGCUCCCAGAUCCCGGACUUUCCAGAAUUGAACUCCCAAACUCCAGUCUCUGCUUCAGGGGAUAAACAACACCCAAGAAAAUCUGCAUUAUACGCCAUGGAGAUUAACGUCGAAAAGGAUCAGAAGACCGGUGCCACCAAGAUUCUCUCCGCCUCAGCAGUCAGUCCACAGGAAGCCCAUCAGCGAGGCAUCAAGGUGUACGAUGACGGUCGCAAAGUUAUCUAUGAGGUGCGUUCUGGUGGAGCAGCUACGAUGGAGAAUGGCAUGCACCCCUGGAGCUCCAGUGAAGUGGAUGAAUUAAUGCAGCAAGUAGGCCAGUCCCAGCAACGAAGUGAUGGCACCUGGGUUACUGUAACACCAGCUGAACCACAUUUAAUACAACCGCAAUUGAGUACCAAAGAGGUUGAGCAAGAAAAGAAGCAAAUCUCUGGCAAAGUCCAACAAGGCUACGACAGCGAGGUGAGGGAGAUUCCACAGGCCUCAGUCGACAAACCAGUGACCAUGAUCUUUAUGGGUUACCAUAGUGUAGAAAAUGAGGAGGAAACCAAGAAGCUGCUUGGUUUUGAUGGCACCAUCAAGGCCGAGAUUGUCCUUAUCGAUGAAGAUGAUGAGAAAUCUCUUCGCGAGAAGACCGUUACUGAUAUCUCCACCAUUGAUGGCAAUGCUGCAGACCUUGUGUCAGGCCGGCCUCUGUCUGAUACCACUGAACUGUCCUCAGAGGGCAAAGAUGAAAGCUCGACCAAGGAACUGCCAUCUACAGGUGGUGAGAAGGCUCGUUCGGUAUUGCUGACCACAGAGAAUGGACUGUAUCCUACAGCAACUUCACGAUAUUCGGACGCUCUGAAGUCCCCAGUACUCUCAGAGGAUGACAGUGAGCUGAAAACAGUAAGAAGUCCGAAGACUGUGAGUUUUUUUGAUUCUGUUAGUGUGAUAUCUGCUGAGAGCAGCAUGGAGUUUGAUGCUCAAGGUGAGACCCAGCAAAGCUACGUGAACCAGAAUAGAGUGAGACUGGACAGCGAAGUUGCCCAAGAAAUCCUCUACCUAGAUGAGGUCCUUGAAGCCAACUGUUGUGAAUCGGGAGCUGACAUGAAUUCGAACGGGACACGUACCCCCGAGAUUCAGGCGAUUAGAGUUGAAGGAAGUGGAUCAUCUGUUCAUACUUUCGACACAUCAACCAUACAAAAUCAUGAAAUUAUUUUAGAAGGGAAAAAUCAGACCACUUAUGUUGAUGAUAACUUCAACACCAAACCCAAUGGCUAUGCAACAAUGUUGGAAAACAACUGUGCAAGGUCACAUGAGUCACCUAGGACCCCAGGCAAAAAAGAGGCACGUUUUGAGCUCCGACCAUUCCAUGAAGAAAAGAAACCAUCAAAACUAUUUGACACUCCAACAGUGAAAGAAGUUAGGAUAAAGAAGGUCAGACCCUCAGAGGAAAUUGCAGAGCUAGAGAAAGAAAGGCUGGAACUCAUCCGAGGUCAGGCAGUUAAGAAAAAUCCAGGAAUUGCUGCAAAAUGGUGGAACCCCCCUCAGGAAAAGACACUGGAGGAGGAGUUAGAGCCAGACCAGCUUGAGUCCCUUCGAAGAUAUGAGGAGAGGAAGCAGAGAAGACCAGAAACCAACCUUGUGACGGAAGAGGCACUCAAACAAACAACCACCUUUAUCCAACCUGAAAUAGAAAAUAAGGAGGAUGUUGUCAUGGAAGAGAUCGACUUUUCUGCAGCACGCAAGCAGUUUCUGCAGAUGGAUCAUGCCAAGCAGCCUACAACCUCGAAGAGAAAUGUUGCACCUCAGCUUUACUCUGCCAAGCCUUUCUUCAAGACUCCUGACGUUACGCAUAUAGAGAGGCUUUCCGGUUCUGUCAUGGUUGCCAGUCCAGAGGGUAUCACAUCAUAUGAUGAAAGUCAAGUUACUGCAGUCAAAGCAGAAACUAUUUAUUGCUUAUCUGGAGAAUCCGUCAUACCACCCAAGGAUAAAUUGGCUCACUAUGAAUUACAGGAAGAUGAUUUUACUUGUGCCCGAGCAGUUAUGACUUUUGUAAAGGAUGAAGAUUCAGAUCUGUGUCAACACUCUUUCAACAGCUCCUACCAUGCAGAAGAAAUUGACUCAGGAUUAGAUGACCUAUCCCUAAGAUCUCAGGACACCACUGUACUUGAGACACUGUCUAAUGACUUCAGCAUGGACAACAUAAGUGAUAGUGGUGCAUCAAAUGAAACCAUGAGUGCCUAUUUGGAAAACUCUCUAGGGGAAUAUUCUUUUCCCUCAACUCCGAUUGUUACCACCCCAAUCAAUGGGAAACAUGAAAGUGCAAUCAAAUAUCCAGAUGAACAUAUUGGAAUUCAUCAGGAAGAUGGUUUGACAGAGGAUGAGCUAGAAUAUCAUGCCGGUAUUCUUGUCCAGAAUGCUAUCCAGCAAGCUAUUACCCAACAAAAUGACAAGUGGGAGCCGCAUGAAGCCACACAGCAGUCGUCUCCCAUCCCAGCGACAGUGGAAAGUGUUCCAUUUCAACCACAACAUUUAGAGGAGAAAUCUACUGUCCCGCCACCUCCUAAAGUGCCAUCCACCCUGGAAGGGAAAACCAUUACUCCUCAAAUUACAGUUGUUCAAACCGUCCCAGUUAUCCCAGUGAACACUUACAAGCCUCCCAGUCCCUCUCCACCACCAAAUGAAAAACAAGAUUUCAGUUAUUUCAGUAAAUACUCUGAGGCAGCGGAGCUCAGGAGCACUGCAGCUGUUACUCGAGCACAGGAAGUGGAAGUGACCUCAGGGCCGUUCAAACUGCGUUCACGUAAACAAAGAACCCUGUCCAUGAUUGAAGAGGAGAUUCGAGCGGCUCAGGAACGUGAGGAAGAGUUGAAAAGACAACGUCAGGUACAAGCCCUGCACCACCCCUGUAUACAGAAGCAGAAGUCCAGCAACCAUCCAAGCAAGUUGGUCCUUACUGGGAAGACAGUUCCAGGUAAAAUUGAGAAGGUUCGUACAGUGCCUCCAGCAUCGCCAUGCUCUUCAGAUGGCGCACUGCCCUCGCCAUUGUCUGAUCUGGGAAGUGAUGAUUCUGGUGGUCAGAGACCCAAGAACUACAUGCAGACACUAAUGGAGGACUUUGAGACGCACAAAGUGAAGCGUAGAGAGAAAGCAGAGGACAACAGCUUCGUCCGCUCAGUUACAACUGAGGUCCUGGAGGCAACGCGUGUCACUCGCAGAAAAAGUAACAUGGCCCUCCGAUGGGAAGCCGGUGUGUAUGCCAACCAGGACGAAGCUGAAGAAGAGUAAACUAAAUUUCCUUUUCUGCAUAGAAAAACCGAUGAGAAAAUGUGCAAGAGGAUUAACAAAAGUAUUUAUUCAGCCGGAAUUCAACCGCAACUGCGAUUUACACCAUUCUGAAGCUUUGCUCAACCAAUGGAUUGUUUAUUUUUGGCCGAUUGGGCAUAUUUUCCCGGAACAAAGACAAUGAAACCAGAGAUACUAUACCGCUAUUCACUAUCCCAAGAUGUCUUUUUUGGCAUUGAAAGGUUCAUUUAACAUAAGUAAUUCAAAGUGGAAGUCACAUUGCAUUUAGGAGUCUACUUUUACAGAACUGAAAAUGUUAUUGUGUCGCUAUUAGGGAUGUAACAAUGUUAGCACUAUUGUGUUAACCCAAUAGAAAAAUAUUAAUUCUCUAAAUUAUCGUGUUCACGUGACGGUAGGAAACCAUAGGUCUUCUGGACCUAACAUUGAGAAUGUUAGAAAUAUAAUAGAUGUUACCUUUGCCCAGGUCCAUCUGGGGCAAUUAUUUUAUUUUAUAAAAGGGUUUUUCAGGUCAUGUGACCAAUCUCAUACUAUAACUCAAAGCAACAGUUAUGAUUAGAAGAUAAAGAAAAGAGGAUGCUUAUGGCACGUUUCCAAGUGAUCAGCUGUCAUUUAAAAUGUUGCAAUAAAUACUGUACCGUGAACUUUAUACAGAGGUAUUAUCGUACAGUGAGAUUUUGAUACUGUUACAUCCCUAGUCGCUAUGGACAUUAAGAAUGGGAAAUGAUUUAGUGGCCUUUUGUACGAGGAGAAGAGUGUGACUUUCUCCGAACUAAUGAGAUUUUGUGAAAGAUUCUUCACAUUUAAACUCUUAGUAUCUGGUUUAAUCAGAACAGGUGCCAUUUAUUUCAGGUCAAAGGUAGGCCUGAUGUUAAGAUGAAAGUAGAAAAAAAUGAAGUGCAGAAAAAAUGCAUUACCUUUGUAAUAGGCAGACAUUGUGGACCAGAAUGUUAUUGCUGUGUUUGGCUCUAAAUGUCAUUUAGAGACAUUUGAUGGUUGGUUAAAUUACGUAGGUUAGAUUGUUUAUGUUGGCCUAAUUGUGUGUAUUGUACUCGUGCUCAGGUUUGAUAACAAGGGUGUUAGAUAAUGUAAGAGUCAUGGGGAAAAUAGAGGUGAAUAUAAUGCAGAAAUUAAAGGAAUAAACAGAAUACAUUACAGGAUGUUGGGGAAAGUUGAAAAGAAUAACUUAAAUGCACAAGUGUUCAUAUUACCAAAGUUUUUUUUCCAAUCAUUUAAUUUAAAAAGCCGAGUAAAUUGGUAUAAAGCCUUUACAAGCGGAAGGGGGAUAUGCAGGUUUAGUAUAUUACUUAUAUUUAACUUUUUCAUUUCAUUGACAAGAACACAAAUGUCUAAAAUAUGAAAAUGGUUUCUUAUUAUUAGCAUUAUUUUGGCAUAUUGUUCCGUCCUGUCCCUUUUGUGUAGCCUUUUUUUUAAUAAGCAUUAAAUGUAUUAUGAAACAAAGAAUAAACAUCUAUAGGACACUCAACUCAAAAGUGAUGAACAUUUCAAAAAACAAAAAUGAUGGAGGAUAAUUAUUUUUUACAAAGAAUAUUUCAUUUUUGAUCUCUACUUUUGCCUGAUGCUGAUCUACCACAAAUGAAGACAAUCCCAGGAGCAUCAUGAGACGAAUGUGGCUUAGUUCUUUUUUUGUUCCUUACACUUAAUAUAUAUAUAUAACUCUACAGUAUUUACUGGACUACUGUAUUUUUGGAGUAUACACAGCGUAUUUGUAGUCUUUGAAUUAGAGUGGCACACAGUAAUGCAUAGCUCUUUCAAAUGAUCUUUGAUUGCGGGAAAAAAGACUAGAAACUAUUAUAGUUGCGUUAUUGUAUCAUUUGGGUGGCAUUUAAAGUUGAAGUACACCUGCAGAAUAAAUGUUUGUUUAUUUAAUGGAUCUGUGGAAACAGACAAGUGUUGUUUUGCGUGACUGUUUUAAUCAGAGCAGGAUAUUGGAUUUUUACUUGGAUACCUUGAUAUGAGAUAUGACUAUAGUUGGUGAGCAAAUAAUUUGCAUUUCAUAAGGGUGAAAUAUUUGUAUUUGAGCAGUGAGACAUAGCAGUGCUCCUGUGCAUGGAAAAUAGUUUUGGAAAAAUGACUGGUGUUUAGUUAUAUUACUGCACAUUUAUUCAUAUAUUAUAUACAUUUUUGUGUGUAUUUGAGAGCCAAGUAUGCCAUACUAUAUGCAUUUUAGUGAUAUUCAUAGUGACAUUUGGUUUCAGGGGCUGUAGGCAACAUUACUUGCACAAAGAACUUAAAGUAUUGACCAUGAUGCUGAUGGGUUUUGCAUCAUAAACCUUACAGCAAUAGAAAUUUGGUUUCCUAAAGAUGCUGUCCUUUGUACCAAAUGUCUACAAGCUGGUAAUUUUACAGAGUUACAUUUUAGUCAAAGUAACACAGUGUUUAAAUUUGUAAAAUAGGUUAACUGCGUAAGAUGGUGGCUGAAUUUUUUUAAAUAAAGAUAACAGAAGAGGAAUUUUUGGAAUUGGCACUCACUAAUGGACAGGUUUGCAGUUGCUACAGUGUAAACGCAUUAUGGCAAAAUCAUGGACAUCUAAGGGCACAAGAUUCGUCAAUAAAUCGAACACUAGAUUCGAUAGCUUUGAACUACAAUACGAACUACAGAGCUGUUGACUUUAGCAGGGAAACAUUUGCCCAGUCCAUGUGGUGUGCAUGCAGCUGAUUUAAAUAGUGCAUCUGCAGAUCUGUCGUUGUAGAGAAAGAAUUUUAAAAUGCCUUCAAUGAAAUCACAAACGUGUUGUUUUUCUACAGCUUGAUGGCGUAACCAGUGUUUUUAUUUAUUUAAUUUUUUUACUCUUAGAAUUAUACCAAAAAUGUUGUGUUCUGCUUUUGUUGUUUAAAUAGUUCUGAUUGCAAGGCCAUUUGCAUAUGCUUCCUUAAAACAAAGAUUUUUUUUGAGUGAUGAUGCAAUUCAGCUUUCAAAUGCCCUCUGUUGACAUAUAAACCACUUAUUGUAUGUUAAUAUUCUGCUUAUUGUUUUAUAGUAAUUGUAAGUCUUGUUCUUGCACACAUACAAUUAUUUUCUCAUUAAAAAGAAAACAUUUAAAAUCGGCAUUGCUUCCUUAACUCUGGAUUUGGUGUAUUGUAAAACAAUAAAGGAUUUGGGGUAUUCA